GAUGUCAUUAGCAUAUUUCUGACUAUAUCUAAUGCUUGCGCAAAGACGCGCCACUACUGCUGCAACGCACUGACCAGAGACCAGCCAGCCAUCAGCCAACACUUCGACUACCUGCAACAAUGAGUGACGCAAAGCCCGACGUUUCAGAAGUGAGCAGCUUCGACAAGUCCAAGCUGAAGAAGACAGAGACCCAGGAGAAGAAUCCCCUGCCUACACAAGACACCAUCGAACAGGAGAAGGCGUCAGAGAAGUCGUGAAGCCCCUCCCUCCCGUCAUGCACUGUACACCCCCUCUUCCUCCUCCUCCUCCAUCUCCCGCAUUGCCUUGUUUUCAGCCACUUCUUCUAGAUGUAUAACUUUGUAACCGAAAUUAUGAAACGACAACAAUAACCAAGCCGCACAUCCUGUGGACGGGCGAAGCUUUCGUCGGGGCAGUCGGGCCUCGUCCCCUCUGAGAACACCACGGUAACCACCUUCACGCUGGUCUUUCUGAGGAUGAUGGAGGAUUUGAUGGAGGCAGAGGAGGGGAGCUGCAGGAAGGUGUGCACGUCCCUUCAUCGACACCACCUAAACAAGGGAACGGGGCGUGGCCCGCGUCCCAGGAAGCUCGUCAGCGUCUCACACACCACCACCAAAACCCAACUUCCUGUGUGGCUGCUUUUUGCGCCCCCCGAGCUGAGGCGUUGAGCUUUUUUUUGUUAUUAUUGUUUCUUCGUCUUCUAAUUUUCGGAAAUGCACAACUUUGUUUGUACGCUGGCCAAAAUGUAAAUGCCCCAAAAAAUUGAUACUGUUGUCUGUCACGAUGUUUUUUCUUUUGUAUGUUCACGAGGAUAAGAAAAUGCAACGGAUUCCAUCUAGAGCUGGGAGACGCUCAAAUGGACCUCAUUAACGGUUUUAUUUUAACGCCCUUCUUGUCAGAGCGAUUCAGGGCGGCUUUUGUUUUGCAAUCCGUCUCUGAAUUGUCUCAAAUGAGGGAAUGGGAAAACAAAAUAUACCGGCAAGUGAUCCCAUUUGUUUGCUUUCAACAGUAGAUAAGAAUUCCAAAAAGUUCCAGCAGUCAUUUUACUCUGCCACAAACCAUUACCAGAAAUGGAAAAACCGUGAAAUGUUGUAAUAAAAAAGAAUUUGUUACUAAAGAA